UUCUCUGCUUGUGCUGGGUGGUACUAACAAUGCUCAGAAAUAUUGACUGUUCUGUUAUUUCUUAUUGUAGCUGAGUGAGCUGUGAUUUACAUCUACAAUUAGUCUCUCUGGGGAGAGAGAGGAGGGGACCACUGCCUCUAAAAUGAGUCUCUCUGGGGAGAGAGAGGAGGAGACCACUGCCUCUAAAAUGAGUCUCUCUGGGGAGAGAGAGGAGGGGACCACUGCCUCUAAAAUGAGUCUCUCUGGGGAGAGAGAGGAGGAGACUACUGCCUCUAAAAUACCUCAAGACACCAGUUCUGAGAGUGUCCAGAAGCCCAGAGCAGAGUCACCUACAACCAGCCUGCUAUCAAUGAAGAGUGAUCCGCCACCUACUUUCAGCCAGGAACCAUUUCCAGAUGACAAUAAGGAAGUGGAGAGUUUGGACAGUGAGGAUGCAUUAAAGAUCACACACAACCUUCUGGACAGAAGAAGUCAAACUCUGCUGACAGUCCAACAAGACAUUAAGGCUAAACUGAAACACAAGUAUCAACACAUAUCUGAAGGAAUUGGACACCAUGGAAACCAAAGUCUGUUCAAGGACAUCUACACAGAGCUCUACAUCACAGAGGGUGGAAGUGGAAGGCUCAAUAAUGAACAUGAGGUUAGACAGAUAGAGAUGGCAUCCAAGAAACAAACCACACAAGAGACACCAAUCAAAUGCAACGACAUCUUCAAGCCUUUACCUGGACAAGACAAACCUAUCAGAACUGUGCUGACAAAAGGAAUCGCUGGCAUUGGAAAAACAGUCUCUGUGCAGAAGGUCAUCCUUGACUGGGCAGAGGGAAAAGCAAAUCAGGACGUUCAUUUCAUGUUUCCUCUUCUUUUCCGUGAUCUGAACCUGAAAAAGGACCAAUACAGUCUGAUGCAACUUCUUUCCCACUACUUCUCAGAGCUGAAAGAGAUUGACAGCAUUGAAGAUGGUGAAACCAAAACUGUUUUCAUUUUUGAUGGUCUGGAUGAGUGUCGACUUCCUCUAGACUUCACAAACAAUGAGAAGUGCUGUGAUGCCACGAAGCCAACCUCAGUGGACGUGCUGCUGACAAACCUCAUUGAGGGGAAUCUGCUUCCCUCUGCUCUCCUCUGGAUAACCUCACGGCCUGCAGCAGCCAAUCAGAUCCCUCCUGAGUGUAUUGACCAGGUGACAGAGGUACGAGGGUUCAAUGAUCCACAGAAGGAGGAAUACUUCAGGAAGAAAAUCACAGAUCAGAAUCUGGCCAAUGAAAUCAUCACCCACAUGAAGACAUCAAGGAGCCUCCACAUCAUGUGCCACAUGCCAGUCUUCUGUUGGAUAUCAGCCACUGUCCUUGAGAUGAUACUGAAAGAGGCAGAGAAGGAUGAAGUCCCCAAAACUCUGACCCAGAUGUACUCACACUUCAUUCUCAUCCAAAUCAUUGUGAAGAACAGGAAGUACAACAAAGCCACAGAGACAAACCCAAAGGAACUGUCUCAGUCAGACAAAGAGAUGAUCCUGAAACUGGCGAAGCUGGCAUUCCAACAGCUGCAGAAGGGCAACCUGAUCUUCUAUGAGGAGGACCUGAGAGAAUGUGGCCUUGAUGUCACAGAGGCAUCAGAGUACUCAGCAUUGUGUACAGAGAUCUUUAAAGAAGAAUCUGGGCUGUACCAAGACAAGGUCUACAGCUUUGUGCAUCUGAGUAUUCAGGAGUUUCUAGCAGCAGUGCAUGCUUUAGAAUCAUGUCUGGGCAAGAAGGAAAAUGUUUUCUCCCCCAAAGCAGAGUCAUUCAAAUUGUUUGACUUACACAGGAGAGCAGUGGACCAGGCCUUGAAGAGUGAGAAUGGACACCUGGACCUGUUCCUCCGCUUCCUUCUGGGUCUCUCACUGGAGUCCAAUCAGAAUCUGUUACGAGGCCUUCUAACACAGGUAGGAAGUACAACACAGACCAAUGAGGAAACAGCUGAGAGAACAGUCAGGUACCUUUCAGACAAGAUCGACGGGGAAUCCUCACCAGAAAGGAUCAUCAACCUGUUCCACUGUCUGAAUGAGCUUGGUUCCAACUCUCUAGUUGAAGACAUGCAGACCUCCCUGCAAUCAGGAACUCUUUCAGAAACAAGACUAGAACCUGACCAAUGUUCAGCCCUGGCCUACCUGUUACUGAUGUCAGAGGAGGGGCUGGAGGAGUUUGACCUGAAGACAUACAACACAUCAGAGGAAGGUUAUCAGAGGUUGCUGCCGGUCGUGAAAACCUGCAAGAGAGCACUGUAA